GUGGGCUAACUGCAGAACAGCAAGCUGGCAUAUCGUCCCACAACAGCCAGUUUAGAUGCAUUGAUUCUUUCAUGGAGCAUCCACACAGGUCAGCCACAGGUGGGCAGGCCCUGAUGACAUGGUGGACGGAAAAUCCUCGUUCCACUCCGUUAAUCUAGGUCAGCGACAGUGAUGUCAUCGGCCAGCUGGGGAGAGCCUACUCAGAGGAGUGAGGAGUGUGUUACGGGACAGCCGCAGGGUGAAGAGCGUGUCUGUGGAGAUGCUAUGGUUACGGAGGAGUUGGAGGAGGCCAAGAGAGAGGGUGGAAAGGAUGAGGCGCAGGGUGGAAAGGAGGGGACGCUGGAGCAUGUAGGUGAAGAUAAACAGCAGAAGAGGAUGAAGACUCGUGGGAGAAGGCAGGAUACCCAGGGGAUGAAUGAAAAACAGGUGAUCCAGGCAGAUGGAGCUGCGCCAGCCUCCAUCUGCUUGGUUGAGCACUGUCUGGGUGUGAGUAGGAGGUCAAUGCUAAAACAGCAGAGAGACGCUGUGCAGGUGCACUGUCCACAGACGGACAAGGAUGGGGACAAGCAUCCAGACGAGCCACGAGGUCCUGGAUCCUUCUUCUUUUUUGGAGGUGGAAACGGAGCCUCCAUAGUAAUUCCAUACUGUGAGAGCAAAGGCUGGCAACGUAUUUAUGACAAGACUCGAGAAGACUACAAGCUAAAGUGGUGCGAACUUAAAGCUCCACGCACCUAUAACAGCUUCAGAGCAGGAGAACAGCUGGUUUACCAGAUCCCAAAUAACAAAGUCCUGACCACUAAGAUAGGCCUCCUCAACAGUCUACGAGAGUAUGACAGGGUCUGCAGUAAGGUCAAGCAGGGGCAAGGACUCAGGAAGAUGAAGAUGGAAGAGUUUAUUCCAGACACGUUCCGCAUGGAUGUGAAAGAUGAGAGGGAAGCUUUCUUUGCCCAGCAAGAGGGAUUACAUGCUGGCGAAGGUAACAUGUGGAUCUGCAAGCCAACAGGCCUAAACCAGGGACGAGGCAUUUUCCUCCUGCGAAACCUGGAGGACAUCAUGGCCUUCAGAGCCAAAAUUGAGAACAAAGCAGACGGCCUAACAAACAGGAAGUUUCCUUUCCGUAUGCCACAGGCACAGAUUGUUCAACGGUACAUCCAGAACCCUCUGCUCCUUAAAGGCAAAAAGUUUGAUGUAAGAUCAUACUUACUUAUCGCCUGUACCUCACCAUACAUGGUGUUCUUUCGCCAUGGUUAUGUUCGACUGACCUGUGACCUUUAUGACCCCAAUUCCUACAACCUCUCAGCACAUUUGACCAACCAGUAUAUGCAGAAGAAGAACCCUCUGUACAGCAUGCUGAAGGAAGAAACAGUCUGGUCCAUGGAGCGCUUCAAUGCCUACGUUAAUGAGAAGUUCAUGGAGCCCAAGGAUUUGCCAAAAGACUGGGUUUUGAGUGUUUUUGCAAAACGUAUGCAGCAGAUUAUGAUACAGUGCUUUCUGGCUGUCAAAUCUAAGCUGGAGUGUAAACCGGGCUACUUUGAUCUAAUUGGCUGCGACUUCUUGAUUGAUGACGACUUCAAGGUCUGGCUGCUAGAAAUGAACUGCAACCCUGCCCUUCAUACAAACUGUGAAGUGCUAAAGGAGGUGGUGCCAAGAACAGUGACUGAAACCCUGGAUCUUGCCUUAGAGAUCUUCAACAAACACCGUGGUGGGCUGAAGCUGUUUCCUCUGAGCAGCCAGACAGACUUUGUUCUACUGUAUUGUGGUGAGAGCACAAGCAUACCUUUCACAAAGCAAAGGAGUAGAACAGCGGGACUGCUCUGGACGGCUCAUCCCAGGAGCGGCUCCGCCCCUAAGAAAACAAACAGAGCUACUAUGGCACCAAAUGGUGAUAAUUCUGCCAAUUGGACCACAGGGUCCACAUGUUGCUCUGAAACCAUGGCCAAUCAUUCUGCACCUUCUGUAUUAGCCAAUUCCUCCUGUUCCUCUUCCACUGCUUCAUCUUUAUCAUCUUUUGUGGAGCCUGUUGAGCCAAAACAGAAUUCAACCAGUGAGGCAUUUGCAUCUCCCACUGACAUAACUACCUCAGAAACACCAGCCAACCAUAAUGUGCCUUUCUCAGCAUGCCCCUCCCACUCUUCAGGCCCCACCCCCUCGGUCUUCAAGGCCAUCUUAUGUGACCAACAGAUUGCUAAGUCCCAGUCUAAGCAAGUCUCAGGAAAAACAGCUACGAACCAAAAAAGUCGCAGGGCUAAACCUGCAGAAAAGAGCCGACGCACUAGGAAAGCCACCCAAAAUCGUGUGGAAUUGCGCCUCAACAAGUGUACAUGGCAGCAGUCUGGAAUGACUACUGACUUCAGAAUGCCACCACAGACAGCAAGGGCUAAGAGUACCAUCACAUCUCUGUCCAGUCCCGUGCUGAGCGAAGCAUUAAACCUGACCCGUGGGCUCAGAGCUCAAGGCAGCCAGUAUGGACGGAGCGCCUAUCUGAAGCCAACAGAAUCUGAUCUGGCCCAGUCACUCUCUUGUCAGCCUUUACGCUCAGAAAAGCUGGAAUCCUUCACCAGCACAGAGAACAGUUCACCAGUAAAGACUUAGGAUGAACAUACACGAUGCAUUAUUGCAGGACUGAGACAAGUGAUGUGCAAAAACGCAAAUGCAAGGUACUCUCCCUAGUACAAGCAGCAUACA